AGUGCAGUUGCAUAAUUAAUAGAACAAUUAAAAGAUAUCUAAAAGAAGACUAAAACUAAACUUAAAGAUGACUAAAGGAUAUUUAUAAUUAGUUAUUAUGUUUUAGUCAUCAGGUUGUAAAAUGACUUUCAGUGGAAUAUAUGUCAGUCAUCUACGCAUAUACAUACAUGUAUCAGUUACCUUUUCGUCGACAAUACAUUCUCUUUAUAUGUUAUCUUUUAAUUACCUUUUUAAACGAUUUCAUGCCGUCUCAGAUAAUUCUUCGCAUUAACACAAAAAUAUUAUACUUAAUUAUAAUUCAUUAUAGUGAUUUGCAAACUUGCAAAAUUGUUGUUACCUACAAUAUCUACAGUACUUACAGUACCUACCUACAGUAGAUAUCAGCAACGCAUGGUACCUAUUGUAGGUACUGUAGGUAACAAAGAAUGCGAUAAUAUCUAAAACUUGAUAAUUUUUUACGAUUUUUAGAUUAACGUAUUGACUUUUUUCCCGAUCACGCUGAAUCCCGUAAAAAAUUAUUGGUUUUUAGUAUCCUGCCGUUUAAUAGCCAUAGAUUUCAAGAUUAUGCAUGUACUAAUUUCAAAUGUUUCUACAUAGAUAGUAUGUACAGUACAUACGUGAUAUAGAAUACAGUACAUACGUGCCAGUAUGUGCGUAUAUACAUAUGGAUAAUGUAUGUACGCAUACAUAUACAUACAUUUCUACUAUGCUCUGUAAUUCUGGUGCGAUGCAAAUUACAACUUUUAAUCAUUACUUAUUAAUUGACGAAUAUCCUAUAGGAGAUAUAUUUCUAUAUAGCCUUCAUCUAAUUGCGUAUACAAAAUGGAUGAUUCUUCUCCAAACACCAAACCGAUUGAUCCUAAAGACGAACAAAUAAUUACAAAAUUAAUGCGAUUUUUGGAAACGUAUAUUCAAAGAAGAGAUCUAUUACAAAAGGAUGUGCAUAAAAAACAGAACAAUUUUAGAAGCAUAUUAGUGGAACUGGAACAUGAAAAUGCAUCCUUGAGAUAUUGUAAUAGCGAACAGAAAAAGAUGUUGAAAGAUAGAGACAGACAACUCAAACGAUACGCGAUAGACAAGCAAAGAACACUACAGAGAUGCGACUCAAAGAUGCGGAGAGAAGCUGACAGAAUGAUCAAUGAAAUGGAUAUAAAAUUGCGUGAACAGCAUAAACGAUUAACGAGCUACAUAAAAAAAAAAGAUGACAAGUUAAAAUUGAUGAAACAAAUAUUGAUGUCCACUGAUGAAAGUAUGUCUGAUGCUGUACUAGUGGCACCGACAGUGGCUUCGAAUGUAAAAACGGAGAAUGCAGGGGAAUCGAUACCGAUAAUGUCCAAAGAAGAACCUGCCGUGGUCCACGGUCCAUUGAUUCUCUCAAAUUCCCAAAGGUCAUCUCAGCCAGGGGAUAUUGCUUUCCAUACAGGAAUCAAUCUCAAUGAUAUUCAGGGAAAAAUCGCAAAAGAAUCAAUCCCGAUGACAUCCAAGAAAGAACUUUCGAGUUCGCAAACUGACAUCCCGGAAGAAUUAAUUCGAACUACGCGCACUGUUUCUCCAUCACAUUCCGUCAAAAGUGCGCUGGCUGAAAUUGCAACUAUUAAUAAAUUCAAAUCAGAUACAAAAUCAAAGAUUCCAGUAGUGAAUCCGAGAUACGGGCGAUCGCAAAAUGUAGAUAGAUGGAUAAAUCAUCGUCCCGUUGGAAUGGUUCCAACUGGUACAAUCUUUCAGCCACAAAUGCAGUUUCAUAAACGAAUCAUCCGGAAAUUGACAAAUCCAAACAACUUUGCGACCAAAUCUGCCAAAUACUGUCUCUAUGCGCAAGAACAAGACACGGACGGUGAACUCGAAACCAAAUUAUAUAAGGCUGAUAUAUUGCCAACGUGUGGAGGAGGAGCACAGAUUGUAUUUAACGAUAUAGAAUGUCUAAAGCAGAUAUCUCCAAUUGCAGCAAAACGAUGUAAUGGACAGACAAACCUGGAAAAUAGUUUAGCAUCUACAUAAGUCCUUUGCACAUUGCUAAAUGUUUCCCUAUGUACUAUAAAGUUUAUUAAUUUGUUAAAUAACCGAAAAAUUGACAUUGUUUUGUUUACUAUAUGUAUACGUUUCUCAUAAUUUAUUUAACAGAUAUACUUGAGUUUUCUUUUUAGUUUCUUUAACAUUGAUCGAUACUUUGGAAUUGACGUGUAACUGAUAUUAUCUCGGAGGUAAAAGGCUAAAUAUUUUACAUAUUAUAAAUAACGAUUUAUUUUGUUUUACUUUCAAGCUAUAGAAUAACAUUUGACGCUUUUGUUCCAAAUUACUCUUAUAUUAUAUUAUAUUAUAUUAUAAUACUAAUACAUACAGGGUGGAAGAUGAACAUUAUACACGUCGAAAUGAUAAGCUAAAGAAAACAAAAAAAUAAAAAAGACUGCAAUAUUAUCUUACACAUGUAACAAAGCUGCACAAAUAUUUUGCGCACCGAUAAAAUUAAUUUAUUUGAAUAUGAAUAAAAAUUUAUCGUUGUAUCCCAAGAAACAUGCUAAUAGAUGAAUGUAAUUUUUCAUUCGCUAGAAUGCUAUUGCAUCUAAAAAACUUUAAUUGUUGAGACAAGUUUUAAUUACAUUACCUUGAUAAUAUAAUUGACAAUCAUAUAAAAGCCUAUUUUCCAAAUAUAAAUGUAUACCUCCUCCUCCUCCUCCUUUCAUCUAUCGUACCUGCAUAAUAGUCCCGACAUAUAAUAAAAAACGUGUUAAAAUAUAUAAAGUUAUAUCAAGACUAGAGAAAUAUAUUGAUUACUGGAAAAUUAAUCGUGCGUGCGCAUUACAUAGUCGAUUCUAACAAACUAUAUUUACUUACAUACAU